AUGGCAGAAUCGAGCACCUUUAGCCGCGGCUGGUUACACAACCAGGUUGGCAUUCGUGUCUCGGACCUGGAAAAGUCGCUAUUCUUUUACGAGGCAGUGCUAGGCAUGCAAGUCCUUACUCGGAUAUCUUCGGACACACUGAGCCUCGUCCUCUUGGGCUAUCCUGAGGGUGGUGGCCCGGAAAAAGCGCUGAGUCGCGAGGGCGUCCUGGAACUGUCCUGGUCUGAGCAUACCCAAAAAUCAGUCACUCAUGGAACUCAGCACCCUGAAUGUGGUCUUUUAAAGUUGGCUUUCUCGGUACCCGAUUUGGCCGCCUGUAUAUCGCGGUUGAAGGAGCAUGGAGUCAAAGUUUUGAAAGAACCUGGAACGUCCGAUGGUGUAGGAGAAGUUGCCCAGGCACUGGGUUUUGAACCUCCUGAAAAAGGACGAAACAAGGGCAUCUGGGAAUUCAUCCAGGGUGUCGCAUUUGCGCAGGAUCCGGACGGGUAUCUUCUCGAGUUGAUUCAGUAUUAG